GAAAAUUCAAGCCAGCUCCCUGACUCCUCCGUGAAGCGGCGAAGGGAGCGCCCCUACACGUAAUGCAUGAUGAGUGCCCCCAUCCACAUUCGCAUCCUGUAUCCUCUUGAUGCAAACAGUAACCUUACUGGAUCCGCCUUUCUUUCUGAAAUGAUCAUCAAACACCUCCCUUGAAACAUCUUAGCUGAUUCUUCGCCUGCAAAGCACUUUUCUGGAGGGUUGUGGGUCGCUGCGAUCGCGCGCGUUUGCUGUGUUUGCCGUUGAAUGCUGCCACAAUGGCCGCUUGCACUGAUGCUGCCGACAAGUUUGAUGGGCGCCGCCUCAAGGCUCUCACCGGGGAUCCCUCCAAAUUCAGUCAGUACAUAGACUCCAAGUUCAAGAAACUCAACGGAUCUGGGACAGGCAGCCUCACCGCUGAGGAAUUGCAGCCGGCGAUUGCAGAGUGGGGGUCAUUGCUGGGUCUGCCGCCGAUGGGCUCUUCUGCAGACACGGAUCAGAUUUACAAGGAAAUCACUGGUCAGUACCUGGAUGCGAGCAAGCGGUCUGGCCAGGUAGACAGAGAUACUUUUGGGGUGGUCACUCGGGACAUCCUUUUGGGCAUCUCCGACUCGCUCGAGGCCAACCCGAUCUCCAUCGACACGAUCGACGGCUCGCAGCUGCGCUAUAUCCUCGCCCCGGAACAGAAAGCCGAGUUCCAACUCAUGGCCGACCGCGCUUACGAGGCCAUCAACACCCAGGUCAUCGACCAGCAAUCGGUAACGGAUACCGCCGAAGUGUCGGAGCAAGCCCCCGCCGCGAGCCAAAACGCGAUGGGGGGCAAUUUGGAGAUUGGGGGCGCAAAGGCGCUUGCGCUCGCACUGAAGCAGCACCUGACGAUCGAGGAGGGGGUGCCGCCCGCUAGCUCGCAGAAGGUCGAAGCGCUGAUCGACCGAGCGAUCCAGAGCGUGGCCGGGGAGCAGCAGAAUGGGCAGCGCCUGUCCAAGGACGAAUUUACCGACCACUUGCGGGCGGCGCUCGAGCGGCUCGCCGAGGGGCUGCAAACGGCCCCCGUGACCGUCGCGCACACCGAGAAGGACGUAAAGGGCGAGAAGAUAAAGCCGCUCAUGGGCGACAAGGAAGGCUUCUCUCGAGCCGUCCACCAGAUCUUUGAGGAGCACUCUCAGAACGGCAAGGUGCCGCACUCUGACUUUUGGACCGCCUUCGACCGCAUCGCGGGGUUGGCCGGGCUGCCGCCGCUAGGCGCAAACGAAAAGAUGGACAAGGUUUACGACACUAUCAUCGGUGACCGGGAGGCUUCCCCGGGCGCUUAUGCCACCGAGGAGGAGCUCGCGACGCACCUGGAGGAGGCCCUGUUUCUGGUCGGGGCGCGGCUCACGGCCGAACCGAUCUCCGUCAAGGUGGCGCAAGUCGUCGGCGACCCGAAUGACGUCAGCAGCCAGAGCGCCCAGCGGGAGCAGCAGGUCGGGGGAGGGGUUACCGGGGGCCAAAUGGCGGGAAGAGAGCGCCCGGUAGGUGACGUCCCGGGUGACGUCAUCCAGUCGCAGGAGCAAGAGCUGCAGAUGGCGAGGGGACCGGCGAUGGUCGGGGUAAGGGGGGUGCCAGUAGCAGCCAGCUACUAAGUUGACUUAUGGGCAACUCUGUACAGUAUGUUCUGCUCUGCAUGAAGGUCAGUAAUGGCCAGAAGACCGAGACCGUGGUGCAACAAGGUAUCGUAGAAAGUAAGUCCGAAGACGGAUUUUGCUAGCGCCCACCUUCAAGCUUGUAAAGAAGCUUAGAUGGAUGUAUUAUAACGGCAUGACCGUGACCUUUGUCACAAGUUUUUGCUCAACUAAAAAGCUCUUCAAAGCUGCGGUACUCGAAUGCACUCACAUACUGCGUAAGUAGAUUUGAAUUUUGGUCAGAAGCAAUGAACCUUCUCUUGCCCUCAAAAUCGCAUGCGAUUAUUUGUACUUGUCUUUGGAUUCAGUUGCAUCUCAUGGGU